AUGGGGAUCGCCAAGCUGGCCGAGCUGAUCAAGGAGGAGGCGCCCGAGGCCGUGCGCUCCGUCCCGCUGGGCCGCUACCGCGACAAUGUUGUGGCCUUGGAUGUCUCUGUGGCGAUUUACCAGUUCCGCACUGCCAUGCCGAAGAUCACCAACCGCGAGGGACAGAAUAUCAGUCAUUUGCAGGGACUCUUUUACCGGACGUUGCAUCUCCUGGAGAACGGCAUCAAACCAGUGUAUGUCUUUGAUGGACAGCCGCAGCCCUCAAGGAGCCAGUGGUUCGUAAGAGAGAUUUCCUGA